AUGCCUCACCCCACCGCCGGAGUUAUACCAGAGCCAGCUUUUACCUAUUUGGCACUGAUAAUCUCGUCGCUCACGAUCGGAUAUUGGGUUGGCCUGGGCAGAUCACUGGGAUACACUCGAGGGAAUGCUAAUCAUCCACGCCGGACUGACAGCGAUAGCGAUGACAACUUGAGGCGGAAUGAGAAACCGCCGGGGGACUCUUCGGAAUCAGAGCUGGAUAGCCAUGAUGAAGCUGAUUUGAAAUCUGUCCAGCCAAGCUGGAGCGAGGAAAGCAAACUGGUACUUGUUGUACGGGGCGAUUUAGGAAUGACCAAGGGUAAAAUAGCGGCGCAGUGUAGUCAUGCAACGCUAGCUUGCUACAAGACGCUGGUCAAGUCCAACCCCGCUUUACUCCGACAUUGGGAAAGGAGUGGACAAGCGAAAAUCGCGUUAAAACUUGAAAAGACCGAAUGCGGCACGGAAGAGGACGAAAUGCUUCUGCUGAAAGCUAAAGCAAGGAGUCUUGGACUCUGUGCCCAAGAUAUUUGUGAUGCAGGAAGGACCCAGAUCGCUGCAGGUAGUCGAACAGUUCUGGGAAUUGGCCCUGGCCCUGUGGGACUGAUUAACCAAGUGACCCGACACUUGAAGCUUUUGUAA